CGGGGAGUUUUCCAGGUGCCUGUGUUGGCCUGGGUGAGGGACACCCAGAGACCCUUGACCCGGGCACAGUCAGUCGUCUUUCUCCUCCGCCUGUCUCCGCGCGGGGCCGGUGCAUAUCCGUCCCAGGUACUAUCUCUUUACCCCACACUCAGGUGACACAAAAUGCCCUUCAAUGACGAGAAGCAGUGUGUGGGUGAGGACCAGCCCAGCGAUGCAGAUUCUUCCCGGUUGUCCGAAAGCACGGCUUCGCUCAGUGACUACGAGUGCUCCAGGCAGAGCUUUACCAGUGACUCCUCCAGCAAAUCCAGCUCUCCUGCUUCAAGCCCUCCGAGGGUUGUAACAUUUGAUGAAGUGAUGGCUACAGCAAAGAACUUAGUAAAUUUGACUCUUGCUCAUGAAAUUGCUGUGAAUGAGAACUUUCAAGUGAAACAAGCUGACCUCCCUGAGAACAGCUUGAUAAGCCGAGUAAAGUGCAUUGUCCACCAGGCCUACUGGGAUGUCUUGGAAUCAGAGCUGAAUGCUGAGCCUCCCGAGUAUAACCACGCCAUCAAACUGUUUGAAGAAAUCAGAGAGAUUCUUCUCUCUUUUCUGACUCCUGGUGGUGGAAACCGGCUUCGCAACCAGAUCUGUGAGGUUUUGGACACUGACCUCAUUAGGCAGCAGGCUGAGCACAGUGCUGUUGACAUCCAAGGCCUGGCCAGCUAUAUCAUCAGUACGAUGGGGAAGCUGUGUGCUCCUGUGAGAGAUGACGAUGUCAGAAAGUUAAAGGCUACUGGCAACAUUGUGGAGGUGCUGAGACAAAUAUUUCAUGUCCUGGAACUCAUGAGUAUGGAUAUGGCCAAUUUUCUAAUUAAGAGUUUUAGACCACAUUUUCAACGCCAGCUGGUGGAUUAUGAGAGAAGCAAGUUCCAGGAAAUUUUAGAAGAAACUCCAAGUGCUCUUGAUAAAACUACACAGUGGAUAGAAGAAUCUGUAAAUGAAGAAUUACUUUCGCUUUCUGAGACUGCUUUAACUACUGGGGCUGAAAACGGCUCCAAGCCAAGCCUGAGCCCUACACUGGUGCUAAAUAACAGUUAUUUGAAACUGUUGCAGUGGGAUUAUCAGAAAAAAGUAUUUCCAGAGACACUGAUCACAGAAGAAGUGCGUCUUCAGGAACUGACAGAAAAGCUGAAUCAAUUGAAAAUUAUCGCCUGCCUGUCCCUCAUUACCAAAAAUACAGUGGGUGCCAUCACAGAAGGCCUCCCUGAGCUUGCAGACAGGUUAAAGAGGAUUUCAGCUGUUCUACUUGAAGGCAUGAAUGAAAAGACCUUUAACUUGAAGGAAGUCCUGAAUUCCAUUGGUGUUAAGACUUGUGUUGAGAUUAACAAGACCCUGGUGGAGAGAGGCUUACCGACUUUAAAUGCCGAGGUUCAAGCUAAUCUUGUCGGCCAAUUUUCAAGCAUUGAAAAGGAGGACAAUCCCAUCAGGUCUUUGAUUGAUAAACGAAUCCAGCUGUACCUGAAGAGCCUACUUUGUCUUCCUAGCCCUAAAAAAUGCAUGCCUCCCAUGCCUGGAGGCCUUGCUGUCAUUCAGCAGGAGCUGGAAGUGCUAGGUUGUCAAUAUGCAAACAUUGUGAAUCUCAACAAACAAGUGUACGGACCAUUUUACGCAAAUAUACUUCGAAAGCUGCUCUUCGGCGAGGAAGCCGUGGGGAAGACAGAUGCUCCAUCUUCCACUAACUAACGAGGAACUGACAUUGGAUAAGAGAUUGGGAACCCAGCACUUCUGUAUGGAGGCUGUUUCCAUCUAUGGCAUUUCAGAUGUGGCACAUUCUCAGUCCUGUCGUGGUGCAGUGGUAGCCCGAAUCUGUGUGGCCCAGUGACACUAGGGUUGCAAAAGACACGCAAAUCAUAUAGGCCCUAUUCAUGCAUUGUUUCCUUCCCUCCCUUGUUUUUACUUGUCUAAAGGUGAAUGGUAGCAGUGGCUAAGUUGAGUCAUGCAGCCAAUUUGUAGUUAAUUAUGUAACCUAUACGAUACCUGUAAAUGUUUUGUUAAACAUUUGUAUUUGGCUUAUUCAUUCAACCCUUAAGGAGUUGUAUUUCCUCAUUUAUCACUAUCAGAUCUAAUGAUUUUUAAUUUGGGUACAACUUAAAGGGUUGAAAGAUGUGAGAAUAACCAAGGGGACUGGAGUUCUAAAGUACAUGGUGUGCAGUAAGCAUAACUGUAUUUGAAAUGUACAGUUAAAAAAAAGAAGGAAAUGUGCAAUUAAAUUGUUUCAAUGUGUAAUAGAAACUUACAUAGUAAGUCCUAAAAUUCCACAAAUGUACCAGUUCACAUUUUAUAAUACCAAUUGUCAGUAUUUGUGUAGAAUUUAAACUUAUUAAGUACAUUUUAAAGGUGUAUGCACAUUUUAGAUCAAACCUCCCUUGUUCAUUUAGUGAAAACAAACAAAUCCCUUCUAAAAUUUUAUUCUGGAGGUUGGUUUAUUCUUGCAAUUUAUCCUGCUCUCUGAGAGAAACAUUUUUUUGCACAAAUCUCUUAGUGAAUGUCUUUGCAUUUCUCAGGCCAUCGGAAAGGUUUAUAUAAGAUUCUAAUAUUUUUACAAAAGGCAGGAGUGGUUUGAAUUGGUUUACUU